CGCCCCGGGAUCCCGCCCGCGCGCCGCGUCCCACGUCCCCGCCGCCGCCGCCAGCCGCGCACCCCCGGGCGCCGCGGUGCAGGAAGAUGGCGGGAUCGGUGGCCGACAGCGAUGCGGCGGGGAAACUGGAUGAUGGGCAUUUAAACAACUCCUUGGGCUCUCCAGUUCAAGCCGACGUGUACUUCCCACGACUGAUAGUUCCAUUUUGUGGGCACAUUAAAGGUGGCAUGAGACCGGGCAAGAAGGUGUUGGUGAUGGGCAUCGUAGACCUCAACCCAGAGAGCUUCGCGAUCAGCCUGACCUGCGGUGACUCAGAAGACCCUCCCGCCGAUGUGGCCAUUGAACUCAAAGCUGUGUUCACAGACCGGCAGUUACUCAGAAAUUCUUGUAUAUCUGGCGAAAGAGGUGAAGAACAGUCUGCAAUCCCUUACUUUCCAUUCAUCCCAGACCAGCCAUUCAGGGUGGAAAUUCUUUGUGAGCACCCCCGUUUCAGAGUGUUUGUGGAUGGACACCAACUUUUUGAUUUUUACCACCGCAUUCAAACGUUAUCUGCAAUCGACACCAUAAAGAUAAAUGGGGACCUCCAGAUCACUAAGCUUGGCUGAUACUGUCUGAACCACCUCUAUUUCAAAUAGGAUCAGGUGCCACAACUCUCGGACUGUUGGUCUGGAAGGAGUGUCCUAGCAAGAUCUGGACACUGAAAAAGAAAAAAACAAAAGGCAAGCUUCACUGUCUCUUCCUUCUGUGCAGUUUAAACCCAAAAUGACAACCUCAAACUGUGGUUUGCCCUUAGGAAGCUGUCAGAACAAAGACACCGAGCCAUUAUUUCCAGAACAAAGUAAUA